UAGCCACAAAACCCGAUACUAAGAGCUUCAAAGAAAACAAGUCAAACAACACUCAAAUCUUACAUUUCUCCGUUUUUUUUCCUUCCAAUCUUCAAAAACGUUUCAAAGCGAGUAGUUGGGGGGUUUUUUUUUUCUUUUAAGAAUUUGUGUGGAAAAAAAAAAGGAAAAAAAUGGCUGAGCACGAAGAGAAGAAGCAGGAGGAAUCUUUGAUGGAAAAGAUAGCGGAGAAGAUCCAUGGUCAUGAUUCGUCGUCAUCGUCGUCGGAUUCCGAUGACGACAAGCCAUCGGAAUCUUCGAUCAAGGACAAGGUGUUUCGUCUCUUUGGAAGAGAAAAGCCCGUCCACCAUGUUUUCGGUGGAGGCAAACCGGCCGACAUUUUACUGUGGAGGAACAAAAAGAUCUCAGCAGGAGCGCUUGGUGUUGCAACUGUGAUUUGGGUUUUGUUUGAAUUGCUUGAAUAUCACCUGCUCACUCUAGUGUGUCACUUGUUGAUACUUGCUCUUGCAUUGCUCUUCUUGUGGUCAAAUGCUACUCAGUUCAUCAACAAGUCUACACCGCACAUCCCGGAAGUUCAAAUCCCUAAGGAACCAGUUUUAGAGUUUGUCAUGGCACUUAGGUUUGAGAUUAACCGGGCUUUCGCUGUCCUGCGGGAUAUUGCAUUAGGAAGAGAUCUUAAGAUGUUCCUCUCUGUUAUUGCUGGAUUAUGGGUCUUGUCUAUUGUGGGAAGUUGGUGCAACUUCUUGACUCUGUUCUACAUAGUCUUCGUACUACUUCACACUGUACCUGUGCUGUACGAGAAGUAUGAGGACAAGGUGGAUCCCUUUGCCGAGAAAGCAAUGCAUGAGAUUAAGAAGCAGUAUGCAGUGUUUGAUGCAAAAGUUCUAAGUAAGAUUCCUAGGGGACCGUUAAAGCAAAAGAAGAAGGAUUAGCUUACCGGUCAAGAUGUUGAUGCUGCUAGGUUCAGAGGUUAGAAAUACAUCUGGUAGCUGUAUUUCAUGAAGUUGUUGAGUUUUAUCCAGUAUCAGUUAGAACCCUGCUUUUAUCCUUUACUUUUGUAGUAACUGGGUUCACAAUGAUGAUGAAAAUGGGAAACUUUUUUUUUCUUAACAUCUUUGGUUCUGCUGCCGUACAUGGGAGCUGUCCCAUGGAUUUAUAUGCUAUGUGAGACAAUAUGUUAUUGUAUUGCAUGUUGAUUAAUGGAUUGUACACCGAAUUGCAAGUUCUUUGGAAA